CUUCGCCACUAUAGGGCUGAGACGUGUGGAGGUGUAGUGUUUGGUCCCCAGGAGCCUGCCGUGGUCUGACAGUGUGUUUAUGUCUAAUACCGCCUCUUGUUUUGGUAGCAGGGACGUGUCUGAGGCGUCGUAGGGUCCUUGAUUGCUCCUCCUAGGGUCCUUGGUUGCUCCUUCUAGGGUCCUUGAUUGCUCCUCCUAGGGUCCUUGUUUGCUCCUCCUAGGGGCCGGACUCAUCACUUGGCUCUAGCUGCUGUAGCUGCUUCAUCGCCCCACGUUCUGCCGCUUCACCUCCGCUUGUCUGAGGGCUGACAUCUCGUUCCCGUACUCCUGUUACCUGGGCCCAGACCGCGAUGUCCGAGGAGGUCGACGGCGCAGUUAAUCCCGAGGAACGGCAGGAAAUGGAGGAUGAAGUCAUCAGUCCUGAGAAGGCAGAGGAAGCCAAACUGAAGACUAGGUAUCCUAACUUGGCUGCCAAGCCAGGGGGCUCGGACCUCCUCAGGAAAAGACUUCAGAAGGGGCAAAAGUACUUUGAUUCUGGUGACUACAACAUGGCUAAAGCCAAAAUGAAGAACAAACAGCUGCCCAUGGCUCCAACAGAGAAGACUGAGAUCACCGGAGACCACAUACCCACACCCCAGGACCUGCCGCAGAGAAAGCCUUCCAUUGUAGCCAGCAAACUCGCUGGUUGAUUUAUUGAUAAGCAUUUUAUGUACAUUGUUAUGUGUCCAUUCCAACCUGCCUUGCAUAGCAACCUGCCAAGUUCUAUUUCUGUUUAUCAUUCACCAUUUUGAUUACUGAAAAUGUAAGCUGAAAGCUGGAGAUGGCAAAGUAUAGGGUCAUCAUAUUGUGGUAUUCAGCAGAUCUAUAGUUAAAGUUGUUGAACAUUUAGAUUGACUAUGAGCUUGCUGUUUAAGUCACCUGGAAAUGCAAAUACAAGAUUGUGUUCCUGGAACAUUCUCUGCAUUGUAGCUUUCAUUUAAAGGAUCUUUUCAUCGUGUUCCUACACUACAUUAUGUUUCAAUUUUGCUGUACUUUCAUCCCAAAAAGUUGAUUGAAAUGAUGCACAUUGCAGGACUAGUGUAAAUUGUAUGCUUACAUUAGUUUCACUAUAGCUACAUAUAUUUGGAACUUUUUUUUAAACAAGUGAAGCCAUCGGGAAAAAAAAACUAGGAACAGCAGGUAAAUCUUUUUUUUAUUUUUAUGAUUAUCCUAAGUCACCUAUGUCCCACUCUAUAAACUUUAUUGGUAAGGCAGCUGUUGCUAGCUGGUUGCGUUUUAAUUAAUUGUAGUUCUGAAUACUGCUGUAGUUCCAAAUCAUACGGACUUCUGGAAAGGACUUGAAAGUAAAGAAGUGCUUUCUUCAUGAGCAAAACCAGGUCAAAGUAACCUAGCGGUUACAAGCAGCUCCAAUAUGUCUGAAGUGUGCAUGUACAUUUAUAGUGCAAACACACUACCGUGUUUUUUCUGUAAAUAAAAGUUUUGCAUAAU